CAAUCGACAAAAUAGUAGAGCACCUGGACCUUUUUGCCGCCUUCAAAUAUGGGUUUCGACACAGCGCUCACAAGGCUACUUGGCAUUCGCGUGCCAGUCGUCCAGGGUGGACUUCAAUGGGUCGCAUACGCAGAGUUGGCUGCUGCCGUAAGCAACGCUGGUGGCCUCGGCAUUAUCAAUGCUUUGACACAACCCGAUGUUGAGAGCCUACGACUGGAGAUCAAGAAAACUCGAAGUCUUACCGAUCAGCCUUUUGGUGUGAACAUCACACUCUUGCCUGCUCUAAACCCACCCGACUAUCCUGCCAUUGUCAAGACUAUCAUUGAAGAGGGAAUCAAGAUUGUCGAGACCGCGGGGAACAGUCCUGGCCCAGUGAUCAAAAGGCUCAAAGAAGCCGGCAUUAUCGUCAUCCAUAAAGCAACCACAAUCCGACAUGCUAAGGCCGCCAUCCGCCUAGGUGUUGAUGUUCUCUCAAUUGACGGGUUCGAGUGUGCAGGCCACGUGGGUGAGACAGAUAUUCCAUCUCUGAUCUUGAACAGCCGAGCACGUCAAGAACUGGGAAAUGUGCCAUUCAUUGCCUCUGGCGGCUUUGCAGACGGCUACGGCCUUGCCUCGGCAUUGAGCCUCGGUGCGAGUGGCAUCAACAUGGGAACACGAUUCAUGUGCACUGUCGAAGCUCCAAUCCACAUCAAUGUCAAAAAGGCCAUCGUGCAGGCAGAUGAACACCAGACAACAUUGAUUUUGAGGCGAUUCAAGAACACAAGUCGCAUGUAUUCCAACUCGCAAACGCGCAAGACCAUUGAAAUCGAGACCAAUAGCACAACAGGAGAAUUUGCGGAAGUGGCACCCAUCGUAAGUGGAGCAAAGGGUCGAGAGGUUUUGCUGAAGGGUGAUAUUGAGCACGGAGUCUGGUAUGCAGGCCAAGUCAUGGGUUUGAUACAUGAUAUUCCAACUUGCGCAGAGCUUGUCACUCGUGUCGAACGAGAAGCAAAUGAAACGAUUGAGAGACUAGUCAACCUGUCCAACAUGGGUCAGAAAAAAUCUCGUUUGUGAUGGGAUCAGCUGUUCAACACACAUUUUUGGCCACCGGCUCCUACGACUUCUCUGCAUGAAACAUGGGACCGAAAUGCCAUCCUUGCAUAACCGUCACAAGACUUAUAAAGAGUAUCCUGUCUUCUCUACGGCCAAUUUAUAUGCAUUACGAUUAGUGAUACCUGAUAGUCGUGUUUGAACCUUUGGCCAGCUGCCUCCAUCCGUACCCAGCCUUCUCGCUAAGAUGAAUCCAAUGAUGGUCCCCUGAGAGCGAGCACCGACUGUUUAAUUUCCAGCUACUUGAGCUUGAAAGCCAAAGUUCAAGCUCAUCCUUCAAUUGAUGACUCUCCUUGUACCCUAUAGUAAGGAAAAUGGAUGCUAGCGG